GAAGCGGCUUCCAAUUCGACCACCUACCCUCGCUGAGUCGAAUCCCCAAAGCCUCAACUUCAACCUAACGCUCUUCCUCUUCCUCUGCAAUAUUUCUCCUUGCUUUCUGGCCGCCCACCGUCCGUCAACCCUAUCUCCACCACAAUGUCUUCAACCUUCGCCACUGCUUCUUCCUCAUCUUCAUCUUCCUCUCUCUUCCCUUUUAAUUUCAAUUCCUCAAAGCCUCCAUCCCCUCGACAUCUUCGAUUCCCUUCGCCACUUCUACCAACUUCUCCCUCCAUUUCUCGAUUUUCAGUUCGCGCUUGUUCUCCCAAUGGUCCUGCUCGUGAUGGUGGCAGCUGCCUCGUUGCUCUCAAAAGGUUUGCUGGAGCUGCAGUUCUCUUUGCUGCUUCGGCGGCUAUGAUUGGGAAGUCCUUUCACUUGCCUGCCAGAGCUGAAUCUCCGGUUUCUGUUGCCGAACAAGCUCAGGUUCUCGAAGAAGAGAAAGAAGGUGAUCGAGGGAAGCAGCGCGAUGAAACGUCAUCACCUUUGUCUGAGUUUCUUGAAACGAAUGCUGAAGCUGUUGAUGCUCUUAAAUCUCUUUUGCAGCAGAAGCUGGAGAAUGGGGAUGAUGAGGAGGCCUUGAAGAUCUUGAAACGCAUGGUUUCUGCUCAACCGGAGGAAACGGAAUGGAAGUUCCUCAUGGCGAGGUUACUGAGCGAAAUGGGUGACCAUGAGAAUGCUCGUGACCUUUACGAACAAGUUUUGGCUGUGAAUCCCUUGUCUUUUGAAGCAUUGUUUGAAAAUGCUUUGUUAAUGGAUCGUUGCGGGGAAGGUGAAGAGGUGGUUAAGCGGUUGGAAGAAGCUUUGAGGAUUGCUGAGGAGAAAAAUAAGGCGAAGGAAGCUCGGGAUGUCCGAUUGAUAAUGGCACAGAUACAGUUUUUGCAAAAGAAUGUGGAGGAAGCUAUGAGCAUGUAUCAACAGCUAACAAAGGAGGACCCGAGUGAUUUUAGGCCGUACUUUUGCCGGGGCAUGAUUUAUAGUUUGCUUGAUAAGAAUGAGGAGGCAAGGGAACAAUUUGCCAAGUACAGGGAAUUAUCGCCAAAGAAAUUUGAGGUUGAGGGCUACUUGAGGUCCCCUUUGUCAAGGCUUAAACUUUUUGGCACCGAUGAGAACUAAAUUAAUGAGAGAUGGUUUGGCAUUUAAACUAUAGAGGAAUAAGAUAAGACAGGUUUUGUUCCAAAGCAGUGUCUGAGUUUCAGGUGAGGAAACAACUUGCGGUAAUGGCGACCUUCUACAUCGGAUGUCCUAAGAGCAACUUUUGUUUUACCAUUACGAACUUUCUAAGUACUUUGCAAAUCUGAAGAAAAAGUCAUUCUAAGCUUGUCUAGAUUUA